CGGGCGUGGGUGGGGGUAAGAAGAGCGGGCGCGGCGGGAGCGCGGGGCAGAGGGACGCCGGCUACCCUGGACAGCGCAUCGCCGGACGCCGGGGCCGCCGCGCCGCGGAUCAUGGAGCAUCUAAAGGCCUUUGAUGAUGAAAUCAAUGCCUUUUUGGACAAUAUGUUUGGACCUCGGGAUUCUCGAGUCAGAGGGUGGUUCAUGUUGGACUCCUACCUUCCUACCUUUUCUCUCACUGUCUUGUACCUGCUUUGCAUAUGGCUGGGCAACAAAUACAUGAGGAGCAGAGCUGCUCUUUCCCUCAGGGGCAUCCUCACCUUGUACAAUCUUGGAAUCACACUUCUCUCCGCAUACAUGCUGGCAGAGCUUAUUCUCUCCAGUUGGGAAGGAGGCUACAACUUACAGUGUCAGGACCUUACCAGUGCAGGGGAAGCCGAUAUCCGGGUAGCCGGAGUGUUAUGGUGGUACUACUUCUCCAAAUUAAUAGAGUUCCUGGACACGAUUUUUUUUGUGUUGCGGAAAAAAACCAGUCAGAUUACCUUUCUUCACGUAUACCAUCAUGCCUCUAUGUUUAACAUCUGGUGGUGCGUUUUGAACUGGAUACCUUGUGGGCAAAGCUUCUUUGGACCCACCCUGAACAGUUUCAUCCACAUCCUCAUGUACACCUACUAUGGCCUUUCGGUGUUUCCAUCUAUGCACAAGUAUCUUUGGUGGAAGAAGUAUCUCACGCAGGCUCAGCUGGUGCAGUUCGUGCUCACCGUCACCCACACCAUGAGUGCUGUCGUGAGGCCCUGCGGCUUCCCCUUCGGCUGUCUCAUCUUCCAGUCUUCUUAUAUGCUGACGCUGGUCAUCCUGUUCUUAAACUUCUAUGUUCAGACAUACCGGAAAAAGCCAAUGAAGAAAGAUGGGGAAGAGCCACAUGCAGGGAAAGAAGUUAAUGGUUUUUCCAAAGCCUACUUCACUGCAACAAAUGGAAUAACAAACAAGAAAGCACAAUAAAUGUUGAGUAAGACAAAGCAUAUAUAAAUAGCCUAACAGAUUCGCUUGUUUUAAAGCAAAGACUGAAUUGAAAGUUAUAUAUGUUUUAGCAUAAACUAAUUUCUUUUGAGUUUAUAAAUCAUUUGUACCCG